AUGUUACGGAGGAGAAAACUAGCUGAUAUGUCAAAAGAGGAGAGGUUGUCUAUUCUCAGAGCUUAUGAAAAUAACGAAAAGAGCAAAGCACAGAGCAAAGCUGAGAAGAAGAUCUCUGAUAUUCUUGCUUGGGAAGACAAUAAGAAAACAGCCGUUGAGGCCCAACUCAAGAAAUUCGAGGAGAAAAUAGAGAAGAAGAAAGCACAGUAUGCAGAGAAGAUGAAGAAUAAGGUUGCAGCGAUUCAUAAAGAAGCAGAAGAGAGAAGAGCAAUGAUUGCUGCGAAGCGCGGAGAAGAAAUUCUUAAAACAAGAAUAAUGGGAGCUAAAUGCAGACAUACUGGUUUUGACCCCAAUGCAACUUGUGGAUGUUUCCAAGAGUUUUCAGCUUCAAAGUGUUCUAAACGCUCUCUCUUUUCUCUUAAAUGGCUUGUGCUCUUGUCUUGA